AUGGAAAAUACUUGGUUUGCUACGUUCAUUCUGGCAUUCCUUGCUGUGUCAGUGACGCAGUUGGGCAAAGCGGAAAGACCAGAUGCAGAUGCGAGAAAGCCCUAUAUUGUUCACAUGGUUAAGACCAUGAAGCCUCAUCAUUUCGAUUUACACCAACACUGGUACGCUUCAUUGCUCAGCCAAGUCUCGCGAUCAGAUCCCAGUGCAAAUGAGUUGUUAUACACAUAUGACACUCUUUUGCACGGAUUUGCUGCGAGCCUGAGCAGCGCAGAGGCUGAAGCCAUGGAUGGUAUGGAGGGGUGCUUGGCUGUAAUUCCAACUUCCUUCACUAAAAUUGGCACAACUCACACCCCUGAGUUUCUUGGUCUCGCCUCAAUUUCCUCUCAUUUUUCUGGACUGUGGUCGGAGUACUCUACAUAUGGCAAAGAUAUCAUUGUGGGCAUGAUCGACACGGGAAUAUGGCCUGAAAGCAAGAGUUUCAAUGAUGAAGGCCUUGGACCUGUUCCGGCUAGAUGGAAAGGCACAUGCGAAAGCGGAAAGAACUUCAAUUCCUCCCAUUGCAAUAGAAAAAUUAUUGGAGCUCGAUACUACUACAAAGGCUACGAGCAGUACGGGACUCCUAUUAAUGAAACCACGGAAUACAAAUCUCCUAGGGAUCGCACCGGCCAUGGUACACACACAGCAUCAACUGUUGCCGGAGCUUCUGUGCCUGCUGCGAGUUUCUUCGGUUUUGCCAACGGAACGGCCAGAGGGAUGGCCCCUGAAGCUAGACUGGCCAUCUACAAAGCCUGUUGGGAAGAUUACUGCUAUGACGUAGACACGGUUGCUGCUAUGGACCAAGCUGUUGCUGACGGCGUCGACAUCAUAUCUAUCUCAAUUCAUUCGUCAGGCGAUCUGCCAUUUGACCAGGACGUUAGAGGCAUCGCUGCAUUUGGGGCCAUGGAAAAAGGUGUUUUUGUUUCGGCAAUUGCAGGCAACUACGGACCUUAUUCGUCUACUCUUAGUAACACGGCGCCCUGGAUGACUACCGUGGGCGCGAGCAGCAUUGACAGAGAUUUCAGUGCUUCUGUUGUCCUUGGCAAUGAUCAGAUUUAUAGAGGUACCUCUACCUAUAUUCCAGUAAACGGAACGUUCCAAGGGCCUCUUCCUUUGGUUUAUGUAUCCACUAACAAUAGCUCAAGGCGUUGCCUCGAUGGCAGCCUUGAUCCCAAUUUGGUGAAGGGUAAAAUCGUUGUGUGCGAUCAGCUGCUAUUCUCCACCAACGACGAUGAGUAUGGUCCUCAGGGGAAGGGUGAUGUAGUGGCCAAAGCAGGGGGUGCAGGAAUGAUUGUUGCAAAUGAAAGGCUAAUUGGGACCCAGCAGCAAUCGACGGACGCUUUUAAUUUGCCUGCCAUUACUGUUAGUUUCACAGAUGGAGAAAAAAUCAAAGUCUACAUCAACAACACCGCCAAUAAUGCCAUGGCCACCUUGAACAUCACAGGCUCAACUGUUGUGGGAAACCAAACAAUUGCUCCCAUGGUAGCUGCGUUUUCUUCAAGGGGCCCAAGCAAGGGGUAUCCACACAUUCUCAAGCCCGACUUGAUUGCUCCCGGUGUGAAUAUAUUGGCAGCAUACGCCGGAGACAUUGCGGACUAUGAGUUAUUAUCGGGUACUUCAAUGGCGUGUCCUCACGUUAGCGGCGUUGCAGCUCUCCUAAAAAGUAUACAUCCGACGUGGAGCCCUGCGGCCAUACAGUCUGCUCUCAUGACGUCUUCUUACACGGUUGAUAACGCAGGGCAGCCUAUUAGGGAUUCAUAUAUGGAACCAGCCAACCCCUUUGGAAUGGGUGCAGGUCACGUGGAUCCAAAUGCUGCGGUAGAUCCUGGACUUAUCUAUGACAUGGCACCUCAAGACUACAUCAACUUCCUCUGUUCCCUCAACUACACCCAAGAAAAUAUUGCCCUCCUCACAAAAGAGACAGCUUUCUGUCCUAUCACCACUUUUGAAGCAGGCGAUCUCAACUAUCCAUCUUUCUCCGUAGUAUUUGAGUCAGGGAGUAAAUUGCUUCAGGUGAAGAGAAGAAGAGUAACUUAUGUGGGUACACAAGCUUCUGCAGUUUAUCAAGUCACGGUGAAGAACCCUCCUGGAGUCCACAUAAGCGUGGAACCACAGAAAUUAGCGUUCACAAAGCUGAAUGAGACUGCUAGUUAUAGUGUAACCUUCCGAACCAAUUUAACUUCUAGUGAUGUGACAAUUGGAUUUGGAGAGAUAGGGUGGAAGUGUAUCGAAGGUGGGACACAGCUUGUUCGUAGCCCAGUGGCCAUAAUAUGUCAGAAGAAGAAUCAGUGCAUUGAAUAUGAUGCUAGCAUUGUUAAAUUUCAUGAAGUAUUUUUGUUUGAUCCUGGUAGGAGUCUGAACAUUACUGUAAAAGCAGAAGUGGCACCGAAUCCCAUGUCUGAUUCCGCAAUAGUGCAUCCAUUUCUUCGCACAUUGCAGCAUGCUAGUUAUCACAGUCUACAUUUUUACAAGCUUCUUUGGAAAUCAGCGACCUAUGGAGUUUUGUCCACAUUGGGUGUAGACAAGUCAUGGGAGAGUGCACCUGCAGAGGCAUCUUUCUCUGCCUACGUUGGACGUAUGGGUAGGGAGCUAGGUCUGCAGGAGGGGACUGCCACAUCACCGUUGGCAGGGAAGGUGCACCAUGGUGGCAGGGAGCCUAUGAAGGCUGGUGAGCGUAGGGGAAGGUGGGGUGGAGAGCUCGUGUAG